AUGGUGCUGCUGCGUUCUGCUUUGGCUCUGCUGCUGGCCACAGCGCAGUCCCCGUACGAGGGUGUGGUGGUGCCGCUGUUGGAAGAGGAAUGCCUCGUCGCCACAAAGGAUCCGGGAACUCUGGCGGCAUGGCGAGACCCAACUCUCGCAUCUUUGGAGGCCAGAGCACAUUUGGCUGGUAGCUUCGGCCUCGAAAGCCGUGCUGCAGCGUUGGGUCACUGGCUGACGGCACUCCUGCAGCUGUUCGACACUCACUUGGAUGCUGCGUUCCGAUGUCCCGCCUUAGCUGCCCAACAUCUGCAGAGUACGGCAGAAUGGUCUCUGUCCCUGGAUCACCCUCGUCGCGCACGCAUCCUCAUCCAGUUGGGAAACGCAUUCAAGUUCCAAGCGUUGAAGGAGUUUGCAUCCCUCUACCAUGAAAUCAAGGACGCGUUUGGAACGCCCACCGAUGCGUCACUGGAGGCUAUGCCGAAUGCCCCUCCGAAGAAGUUUCUGCCGCGCUUGCACAUCCAAUACCACCUUUGCCGCUCAAGCCCUCGUGGCAGCCUCUCCAUUGCCUGUAAAAGGAUUCGUAUACUCGCUAAGCUACGCACCAUGCAAACAGCGCUUCCUCGGUGCGUUCUGGCGGUCUGCUUUUCGCUUCUCUGCCCCCCGGGGGCGGUGGGCCACCGGUCUUCCAAGUCUCUCGCAGGCGACCUGGAGAUCUCUGAGAAAGAGGAGGUCGAAGGCAUCAACGACUACCCACGAGCUCUCGAAUUCCAGAAGAGCUGGAUUCACUCCGAGAAUUAUGCGCACGUCUUGGAACGCGUCAAGGAUAAUGUGGUUGAGUUGCAGUCGCAGUACAUUGGCACUUCGCCUCCGAUUGAGGAGUCGAUGAAGCUGGUCCGAGACCUUUGGAUGCUCACCGAUCAGGCACUUGCAAACCAAAACUCCUACCAAUGCUUCAACCUGUGUGUGAUGUGCGAGAUGUCGCCGGAAGACCUGCUAGCAAAGCCGCUGAAGACCAUCGCCGUGUCGCGCGCAAAAGACUACAAGGACAAACUGAAGAUGGCUCUCAUUGCCCCUGCAGAUGCCGCCGGCGGUCUCGUCACCGGUGUUUUCGCCGGCUUGCUUACUGCAGGAGCCUUCGGAACGGCCGGCGGUCUCGUCGCUGGCGAAGUGACGGCAGAGAAAAUCGGUCCAGGCUUUGUCAGCCUUAUGGCGGGCCUCGUCUCUGGAGCCGUGACCGGUGCGGUGGUGCUUCCUUUUGCCGUAGCGGUGCUUCCACUGCUCGGGGCGGCCAGCGGCGCCGGCAUCACCGGAGCCCUAACGAACUGCGCUCGCGUCGGCUUCGAGACAGCCCAGGACGGCAAGUUCUUGCCAAACCAGCCCUUCGCGAACCAUUUUGGCGCAAACAGCUACGGCUUGAAAUCUCUCAGGAAUGCUAUGGAUUACAAUGUCUCCAAGUAUGUGGACGGCUUCUUCGACAGCAAUCCUGACGACCUGUACAAGCCGGACGAGUCGUCAAGCGAAGAGGAGCAGAACUACAAGGCCUUGUCGCACUGCGAGUAUCUGCGGCUCCGGCCAUUCGACAUCCGCCACGCCAUACUUUGCGCCCGGCAUUCCAUGCUUUGUGGAAAGAGCGGUGGCAUGUUGGUCGCGGAAGCAAAAGAUGGUCAGUGUGCAGCCCUUUCCGGGCGCCACACGCAAGAUACGCUCUUGCGCCAACACUUCCAGAAGAGCAAGGAGGAGGCCCUAAACAUGGUUAAAAGGCCCUAG